AUGGCGCGUUGCAAUGUGGAUUUACCCCACGACAAGGAUUCCCAUUUAUUCGUGUGUUAUGAAAGCAAUAAAAUAAAUGAAGUGCGUUUGCUCGUGGACAAUCUGGAACAGAAUGGGAUAAAGUGUUGUUAUUAUGAACGAGAUUUUACAGCGGGAUGUUCUAUAAUGGAAAAUAUGUACAGAGCUAUCACGAAGAGCAUGAAUAUGCUCGUAGUUCUAUCUCAGGAGUUUAUAAACAGUGUAUACUGUUUACACGAAUUAGACGAAGCACUGAAUCUUAAAAUCAAAGGAGAUUACAAUCUUAUCCCUGUGAAGAUUGAACCUUGUGUAAUUCCGGAAUGUAUCCGACAUUUAACGUAUAUUGACGCAGAAGAGGAGAUAGAAACAGCACAUACAAAGGUUAUUGACUCUAUAAUUAACAAAGGAUUAUAUGUGAACCAGCCGAAACGGUUGUCUCUCGGUAAAAGUAAACAGAGUUCGGAUAAGGUAACGAACAUGGAGGUGUAUAAUAUGUGA